UACUCAAAAAGGUGCGCGUGUACAGCGACGUCACAGCCGUCACGACUUCUUGUCCGGCGGUGCUUACGCGAUGUGCAUUCAUUGUUGUUCUUAAUGAUAAGUUUUGUUUCCUGUCGGAAAUGCAGUUUUCUUCCACCUAUCUGGAAAGCUGAAUGAUCGCUCUCGAGCAUGGAUAGCCGCUCCGUGAGAGUCAUAUUUAUCCAGCACGCGUGUCAAGGUGCCUGCUCGUAGCGCGAUUCGUUCGCCGGGUUUCGGGCGAACGUUAGUGAUCAACUGUUAGUAUUCGGCCGUCUGAAGAGUGAUCAUGCGGAACUUUCGCUAAAUCCAUGAUUGCUGCUUUGGGCUAAAUCGACAGUCGGUCUAGUCAACGCAUCACCAAUAAGCUUUUCGACCACUGCCAUUGUUCGCGCCUCUCAUUCCGUUAUGUAUCCUCAGCUCAUCGUCGCGCUUUCGCUUCUCGUUGGUGCCUGUGCCUACGUUGCUGAUCAACUCCAAGGUGCUGCGCCGAAUUUGGAAUUUCAUGCGUCUGAAGAUGUGUUCAAGCCUGCUGCCACACCAACUUCAGGAGCUGAUGUAUCCCCAGAAGCCAACACAGAAUUCUGGCAUGGAUUCAUUGGGGCUAUAUCUGUCAUCAUUGUCUCUGAGCUUGGAGACAAGACAUUCUUCAUCGCGGCCAUCCUUGCCAUGCGCCACUCACGCUUGGUCGUAUUUGGGGGUGCCAUUGCAGCUCUGUCCAUUAUGACAGUGCUCUCAGCUGGCCUAGGCUUUGUAACUACAGUUAUUCCCCGUAUAUACACGCAUUAUCUGUCCAUUGGCCUCUUCGUCUUCUUUGGUGUUCGCAUGAUUAAAGAAGCAUAUUACAUGCCAGCUGAUGAAGGCAUGGAUGAAUACGAAGAGGUGCAAAAAUCACUGAGCAAAAAGGAGAUGGAUGACAGUGCUAGCCAGGCGAGGGACUCGGUAGUCAACAUGGAGGCUGGGUCAUCAUCAGUGAGCUUUCGUUGGCGGCUGCGCUUGUUCCUGUCCCAGGUGUUUUUCCAGGCCCUCACCCUCACUUUUGUGGCAGAGUGGGGAGACCGCUCACAGAUUGCCACAAUCAUUCUCGCUGCAAGAGAGGACCCAGUGGCAGUGUCACUUGGUGCCAUCCUGGGCCACAGCCUGUGCACUCUGCUUGCAGUCAUAGGAGGGAGGCUGGUGGCACAGUGGAUAUCUGUCCGAACAGUCACUUUCAUUGGAGGUGUUGUGUUCCUGGUCUUUGCGGUGUCAUCGUUGUACCUUGGCUCCGGAGAAAAAGCACUGAGGAGCCUAUGAGGCAGCUUUAUGACAGGCCCAAGGCACCAAAGAGGAUGUGAAGUUAGGACUGUUAAUAUAAAGAAGUUCACGUACACGGAUUAUGGAUGGCCACGGCUCACAAACUGUAGGUAGUGAAUGAAAAAUUCAAUUGUGUCUUUCUAUAUCUUAUUUUAUGGGCAUUCUUAAAGGGUCCCUUGGAAGUUGAGUGGUUAAAUGGUGCUGCAUUUAGUAUGUGUAAGCAGCAGUAUUCAUGCUGCUUAUGUUCCCAACGAAUUCUGUUAUUCUGUGAUCCUUGCUUGUUAUAUAUUUAAGUAGAGGCCAUGCAAACAAAUCAGUUGUUUAAGCCAGUUAGCUUGAGGAGAUUGCAUAGCAUAGCAUUCUUGGGCACCGGCAUUUUUCAGCUCGUUUUUGUUGCUUGGUACAUGCGACUUGUUGUCCUGUUUAGUCUACUGUUAUGUUGCUUCUUAAUUGUUUGUAUUGUAUACUAAGGAAAGAGGUCUGUAGCCGUGGCAUGUAAACCCUUGUACAAAUUUUAUAUUUCAAUGUAUAGCUUUUGCAAUGGUUGCUGUUGAAGGCUCGUGUAUGAGACACAGCAAUAAAAAUGUUCUUGCAGCAAUUUGUCCAAUGAGAAUUCUGACAACGGAAAACAUUUGCAAUAUAUAUUUGCAAUCAAGCUUGCAAAAUUGCAAGAUUCCAAAGUCAGAUGUAUUUGCAAUCAAGCUUUAGCAGGAAGCCUAGUACAGCUGAAGCCAUAAUUUGGAGUCAGCGUCACAACUGGAUGUUCUCCUCAAUAGCACAAAGUACCGGUGCUGUAAUCGUGCAUGCUUAACUGUUUUUGCAGUUGCCUUUCAAUGAGCUGGUAGCCAUUAAAUGUUGAACCUUUGACAGCAAAACAGAGUAAUCUCUGUCUUAUGAUGUGCUGUUCUUUGUUUCUAAUACUGUUGUUCUAGAGACAUGCCCUUGUUGAUUUCAGCAUAGUCAUUAAAUCAUUUGUACAAAAUAUUAGUACUCAUUAUAAAAAAAGCAAGCUUUGCUACUCACUAAAAAACAUUUUGUGUGUGUGGUCAUGUGUGCAUGGACUUUUAUACACUUAAUGUUUAAUUAAUGCUCAGAAGGAUCUGCAAACUUUGUAAAAUCUUGUUGCUUAGUUAGAGAACAGCACCAUGCAUGCUUAAGUGUCCUUCAUUCUCGGGUUUUACAUUUUUUGAAAUGGGGGGGGGGGGGGAGGAGCUAGAAAUUGGCUGUUAUUUUAAAGAAAACCAGUGAUAAAUUGAGUGUUUUGUUGUCUGGCAGCCCAGUGUUCAGGAUUUCCUGGUACCUUUACAAACGAUUAACACAAGCACUGGUCUCUUUGGACACAAACAUUCUUUUUAAACGAGGGAAAUCACUCGCAGGAACAUGAAAUGGCAAAGUGAGCCACUCGCAAAUGAUGUGACGAACUCGUUUCCACAAAUCCUUGUUGUGGGACAUUAUUGAUACAUUUAAAAGAAACUGCAUUAAUAAAAUCCAAUAGACAGAUUUGGUGAUACCAUC